AUGAAGACACCUAAGAAGACUGAUAAACCUGUUGAAGAUACUGAGGUUUCGGAUAACAACACUAAGAUUGACAAAUCAACUAAUAAGACACAGUUAAUGGCAGUUAUCAUUAAUAAGACCAAAAAUGAGCAAAUUAACUUACACUAUAGUGUCCGCCAGCCACUUUGGCCUCUAAUCUGCUUCCCCAUCUCCGUGUUGAUGUCCUUAGGCUGA